UGCCUGGAAAACGUGUCGGAGUGAGACGUCGUCGCUGCAGCGGUACUUCCGUCUUUGGCAGCUGUGGCGCGCAUGUGCAGAGCCAACACCCACGCCCGUGAGUCCGGAAGGUGGGAGUGAGCCGUCUGCGCGCAGACACGAUCUCCGAGCGCCACCAUCUCUGCCAUCGGUCGGUGUUCGAAGCCGCAGCCGGAGCUCUCAGCCAUUUUAUCACCAGCUUCACUCACCUGGGUUUAAACUAUUCGUUUAAACCCGGGUCUGGUGCCAGUUCCGGUCCGGGAACUCAGAGGCUGUACCCCGGGUUGUGGUCCGCCUCUGGAUCCCCCUCUCAGCUGCUCCUGUGACGGGCUGCGGAGACAAAACCGACAACACACCGGUCUACCUGUCCGGCGUCUUCUCCUCAAGCUGUAGGAGACGACGACAUUUUUCUGCCUCUCGAGGCCGGAGGGCAGGAAACACCCACCGGUACUUGACGGUUUCCAGAGAACCGGAGCAAAACCAACUUUGACAAGUGACCCAAAGUGAAGCAUGAUGGGAGGUGGCAGAUGGACGAGGCGGUCGUGGGCCGACCAGUGACACACACACACACACACACACACACACACACACACGCACACACACACACACGCAAGCACACACAUCAUGGACCAAAGCUUCAGUUUAAAUACACUGAAGAAGCUGGCAGCAGAACCGGACUACACUGACGUGUCGUUGACGGCGGCAGAGCGUGUUCGGGCGCUGGGGAAGAUGGGAUGCAGCGUGGAGAUCAACGAGGACAUCGCACCACGACGCUACUUUCGCUCCGGUGUGGAGAUGGAGCGCAUGGCGGCGGUUUACCUGGAGGAGGGCAGUCUGGAGAACGCCUACGUCCUCUACACCAAGUUCAUCACUCUGUUUGUAGAGAAGCUGCCCAGUCACAGAGACUACCAGCAGUGCAGCGUUCCAGAGAAACAGCUCAUCAUGAAGAAACUUCAGGAAGUGGCGUUUCCUCGUAAAGACGAGUUGAAGAAACGUCUUCAGGAGAAAUACAGCAGGGAACAUACCGAGUACCUCAGAGCCCAGAGCCAGGCGGCGGGGGCGGAUGGGUGUGGCCAGCAGCUGCAGCGCCUCUCCCUAUUGGACCAGGACAGGAGGCGUCUCCUGCUAUUGGAGGGGGAGAGGCAGCGUGUCGCCGCCCUGCGACGGAUGCAGAUCGAAUCAGAACAGUUUCGUUACUUCGAAGACCAGCUGAGGCGUCAGGAACUGGCCAGUAGGAGAGGAGAGGAGGCAGAGCAAAAGGUGGAGACCAAAGUGCCUGAGGUGACGGACGGCUCCUGUCUGUCUCAGCAGCCAACCAGAGACAGCGUAGGAUCACAGGGGGCGGAUCCUAACAGAAACAGACCGCCUGCUCCCAUCAGCCAACCGGCCGCCACGCUGGCCGGAGUACACACUCAGAGGGUGGAGGGUCUGAGGCGGGUGGUGAUUCCCAGAGAUCUGACGUACCGUUUCCUCCUGCUGGCCGACUCCAACACCGCCAGAGGAAUAGAAACCUGUGGAGUCCUCUGUGGACGACUGACACACAAUGAGUUCGUGCUGACCCACGUCGUCAUCCCGAAACAGUCGGCCGGUCCAGAUUUCUGCGACAUGGAGAACGUGGAGGAACUGUUCAGCUUCCAGGACCAACAGGACCUGCUGACGCUGGGCUGGAUCCAUACUCAUCCCACUCAGACGGCCUUCCUCUCCAGCGUCGACCUCCACACUCACUGUUCUUAUCAGCUGAUGCUGCCGGAGGCCGUCGCCAUCGUCUGCGCUCCCAAACACAACGACACCGGCGUGUUCAGGCUGACGGGCCCGGGGAUGUCGGAGGUUUCCGGCUGCAGACUGAAAGGUUUCCAUCCUCACUCCAAGGAGCCGCCUCUCUUUACCGUGUGUAAACAUGUUGUGGUGAGAGACUCAAAGAUCAAUCUGCUGGACCUCAGGUGACAGACAGGAGGCGCUGUCUGUCUGUUUACUGCCAGGCUUUUAUUUUCUCGAGAGGAAACUGUGAACACCCUGCCUCUGUGUGUGCGUGCGUGCGUGUGUGUUAACUUGAUGUUUUUCAGCGUGAAGGGAUUUUAACUCUUUGGAGGAAGUGUUUUAACACAUUUCAUGUUCAGUUUCUUGAAGUUUUUUGUGGAGUUUGUUCUAUAAAAUGUUUGUUUUGCUUUUGAUAUCAGCUGCUGGCUGUAAAUAGACACACAAAUCUCUAUUUUUGCUUUUUCCUUGUGGAUCAGAGUUUCUGCUGCAGUGUAAGAUGUGGUGCAUUUUAAAGAACAAAUAUGAGGUGUGGCAGUUGAAGUGACCGAGUGCCUUCUCAUUAAAACCGUUAACACAUGAUUGUUUCCCGCCAGCACGUCACAUAAACUCAACGUUAAUGUGAAGAAAAGUUUAAUAAAUCUGUUUUAAAGGGAAA